CAAAUGUUUAUUUUUUGUAAUAGUUUUAUGUCAGACAUGCUGGCGGACUGAUAUUUCCAAACUCUACAAAAGGGGCGUCUUUGCGCGCUCCCGUAUCUCCUCGUGUCCUGUUAUGUGCGCGAUCCCGCUGGUGACUGUUGUGUGCGUUUAGAGCAGCUGUCGGUCGGACUAGAGCGGAGGGUCCACACAGACAUGGGCGCAGUGAGAUUAUAUUUUCUUUAAUGUAAAAAAGAAAAGAAAAGAAAAAAGAAUCUGCCGGAUUCACUUUGCAGCAACACUGCUGUCCCUGCAGGACUUAUUGUGCGUGUCCUCUCAUGUGUUGGCUCAGAGUGUGUUUCCACAACCGGAGCAUGCUUGUAUCAUUGUCUUUGUCUGAUAUGAGACGGGAUUAAGAUCUCCGGAGCCCGCUGUAGUGAAGGGAAGGCUAAUUUAGGCUGUAGCCCAACUUUUUCUCGGGGCAGGGAUGUCUUCGGCUCGGGUGGAUUACAUCGCGCCCUGGUGGACUUACUGGCUUCACAAUUUUCCUCAUAUCAACCUGAGGUUUCAGCCCAUUGACAACGGCUUCCAGCCCGAAGAGGAGAACUAUCAGCAGUCUCUGAUAUUCCUUGGCUGUGUGGCAGCUGCGGGGCUCGGCCUCAACCUGCUGUGUCUCGCCAUCUACCUGAGCUGUUUGUGCUGCUGCCACAAAGAUGAAGAGGAGGAGAGCAAGAAGCCCAACUCCUGCUGCGUCACCUGGUCGGCCGUCGCCGCCGGCCUCAUCACAUGCAUCGCAGUGGGUGUGGGUUUCUAUGGCAACAGUGAGACCAAUGACGGCGUGUACCAGUUGACCUACUCCCUGUACAACGCCAAUCACACGCUGGGCGGUGUGGACAGUCUGGUGACUGGCACCAUGGGUAGCAUGAAGAGCGGCCUGCACCAGCACCUCGCCAGGCUGGACGAGAUCUUCGCCACACGGGGCGACUAUGUGCAGACCCUGCAGUUCAUGCAGCAGAUGGCUGACAACGUGAUCAAACAGCUGCUGGGGCUACCUGACUGGGAGGAGGCUAAAGUGGACCUGGCAUCCAUUGCUGAUCAAACAGCAAACAUAGAGUACUACAGGUGGCUCACCUACCUGCUGCUCCUCAUCCUGGACCUGAUCAUCUGCCUGCUGGCCUGUCUGGGGCUGGCCAAGCAGUCUCGCUGGCUGCUUACCACGAUGAUGGUGUUUGGCGUGCUGACGCUGGUCCUGAGCUGGACUUCUCUGGGGGCUGACCUGGCCACUGCUGUGGGCACAAGCGAUUUCUGCGUGUCCCCUGAUAAGUACCUCAUGAGCCAGACAAAGGGUAUCAUCGGUACCGAUAUUGUUCAUUACUACCUUUACUGCAACCAGACUCUGACCAAUCCAUUCCAGCAGCCUCUGACCAUCUUCCAGAGGUCCCUGACCACCAUGCAGAUUCAGAUCCAGGGCCUGCUGCAGUUUGCCGUGCCUCUGUUUCCUACAGCUGAGAGAGACCUACUGGGGAUCCAGCAUUUGCUCAACUCCUCGGAGGCCAGUCUGCACCAGCUGACCGCCCUGCUGGACUGCAGGGGGCUCAACAAGGACUACCUGGAUGCGAUGGUGGGGGUGUGCUAUGACGGGGUGGAGGGUGUACUCUACCUCUGCCUCUUCUCCUCCCUGGCAGCCUGUGCCUUCACUGUCAUGCUGUGUGCCAUUCCCAGGGCAUGGAGACAAAUUGCCUGCAGGGAACGAGACUACGACGACAUCGAUGAGGAGGAUCCAUUCAACCCACGGGCGAGGAGGAUAACCACUCAGAACCCCAACCUCACCAACAUGCACAGCUUCUGCAGCUACAGCAGCAGUAUGGGCAGCCAGAACAGCUUGCACCCGCCCGCCCCGGCUGUCUCCAAUGCCCCUGUGUCCGAGUACAUGAACCAUACAGCUCUGUUUGGGGGAAAUCCACGGUACGAAAACGUGCCUCUGAUAGGACGAGGCUCUCCUCCUCCCUCGAUAUACUCUCAGCAGUAUAGAAACCGAUACUCUCCCAGUAUGCGGGCCACCUAUCUGUCCAUGACCGAGGAACAGAUUAGACACUUUGGGAACGACUUCCAAGCAUAGACUUCUUUAUCUGACCGAGGAGGGGAAACAGCAUCACAAACACACACACACGCUCAGCAGACGAAGAGUGUGUGGCUGCUCCAUCACAGAGGACCGUGUGUAACAUCUUAUUAGUCCAGGACUCAAGUCUGUGCAGUCUCAGGACAAUGGAACCACAUCGGUGCUGUUCUCUGUGCUCAUAAAUGAUAAUUCACAUUCGCCAGCUCCAAGGCAUUUUUGGGAGGAACUUGCUAAAUACUUCUGACACCCGCUGUUAAACUUAACCUGCUCGUAAUAGGAUGUGUUUGUCAUACCGUGUUAUCUAUUAGUGAAGCAUUGAGUGAAGAUUUGGCUGUUUUUGUAUACCUGAGUUCUUCAGGUACAACAUAACUUUGAUGAUAUGUUGAGGAUUAUUCUCUCACUGCAGUAAAACAUAGCAAAGUUUUCACUAUAGAGUAAAACAAUUACAAAUUAUUUGCAUAUCCUGUUCAAAUAACUUACAUUCAGGUCUCCAAAGAGAAACGUGACAGCUAAAAAUUUUAUUUCCUUUGCUUCAUGUGUGAUAUUUGUGAAGCACAAACCCAGCACUGGCAGCACACAGCAGGAGGUAUUGUUGAGGUAUAAUUUAUUUACAUUCACACAGAGACACAACUGCAAGUGAAGCUUUAUGUUUCUGAAUCUCCCGGAGAAGAGACUACCUUGAGACCACGGAUUCUGUAUAUAAGUUGUACAAUAACAGACAGUUGUCUCAUUCUGAUGUGGGUUUAUUUUGAUUUUGUUUAAACAAUGUGCCAAUUUUUAUAUAUUUUUUCUAGUUUUGUGUGGCAAUGUCACAUAGGAUCACUAUUUUUUUUGUACUUUCUAAAGGGCCAUUAAUUCUCUGCAUAUAUUAUCCAGCUAAUAAAAUAAAGUUGUAGUUUCUGUCAUAACUUGGGAAGCUGUGCUGCUCUAACCAUGAUUAAUGAGAAAAUUCAGGUAAUUAUUUUCAUCGAUUCCAAGCAUCCAAACAGUAUGUGUUUUCAUUGACUAACAAUGAUUUUAUGUAGGGAUUUAAUACAUGCAGUUUUGUUAAUUAAUUAUUUUUGGUAAGUGUCAUUUCUUUAAGCAUGUAACAUUGUACAGGCACUGAGAAUGGUGCUUAAUUUUGUGUGUGACCCCCAAAACUACAGGGUCUAAUGUGAGUUGAAUAAAUCUGUUUUGAGUACAA